AUGGCUCCAACUAAAAGCACAAACACAGGAGCAACCAGAGCACUCCUUAGUGAGUUAGACAGCCACGUGUCGGUCUCAGGCGGGGAGAAUACAGGGGCUACCCUCCUGUUCUCUGGGAUAUUCAUGGAUCUGGUGAGAAUGACGUUCGCAGUCAUGGGCUGGCAUAAGUACGAUGUCAGCCGCAGCUUCGAGUGGACCCAGCUGCUUGGCCCCAUCCUGCUGUCUGUAGGAGGCACCUUCAUCCUCAUCAGCGUCUGUAUGUUCAGGAUGCUCUCCUGCCGGGCAUGGUCCUGCCAAUCCAUUGUGUUCAACGGGACCAAUCAGCCAAUAAUGUUUCACAGAGCUACGGUGGUGCAGUAUAUCCCGGCUCCAUAUGGAUUGGUGACACAAGAAGUGAAUCCAUCCAUCUGA